CGAUAUAUUCUCGAUAGAUUACUUACAUCUUUGAAGACAGUGUUUGUUAAUGAGUUCGAUCGAUAUUUUAUCAUCUUUCCAUAUCGUACCAUAACAUCCUCCAAAUUAUCACUAUGAUUCUAUUCAUCAUAAUGAGUAUUUUGAUACAAUCCUUUGCCUACGAUCCAGAAGAUGAAUCAUUGAAAAAUAUAUUGCUACCUCAAGGACACUUCGAAGCAUUCUAUUUGAAGGGAUACGAAGAUGAUGUAGCACGCCCUCCACAUUUGCAUGGCUCGUUCCACAAAUAUAAGAAUCCGGCUUUAAUAAACGCCCCGAAUAGUGCUGCUUACGGUUUUCGUUUUGAUGGCAAAAGAAGAUUCAACUACGAUUGA